AUGGGAAAUAAAUCAUUAACUGCAAAAGUUGCAAAACACUCUGUCAGUACUGAAGAAUGCAUUAAUAUUUACGAAAAUGACAAUAAAGAAAGUACAACACUCCUUUGGUUUGAUCCAAAUUUUGAGUCACCUCGAGAUACUGAACAAACAACAAAACGACUUCGUCUUAUUAAUGAUUAUGUCAAAUUUUACAGAAAUCUGGAUCAAUGUGUUAAAUUCAUCAGAUCGAUUGAUAGAGAAAAAAUCUUUUUAAUUAUAUGUGGAUCAAAAGCAUCACAGCUUUUAUCUCAUGUUUCAUGUCUUCGUCAAGUCAACUCAAUUUUUAUUUAUGGUACAGAAAAACAAUUAUAUGAGCAUUUAAUCAAUGAAUAUUCAAAAAUAAUUGGUACUUAUACUAAUCUCGAUGAAUUAUGCGAAGCCAUUCAAAAACAAAUUGAUCUCGUUGAUAAUCAAUUACAAACAUUUAGUUUUUUUGAUCAAAAUAAAAAAUCAACGAAUGAUUUAUCAAAAGAGUCAGUUAAAUUUAUUUGGUUUCAACUUUUCAACCAUGUAAUGGCUCGUUUUCCACAUAUUGAAGAAGCAAAGCACGAAAUGAUUGAAAUGUGUAGACAAUAUUAUCAUGGUAAUACAAAAGAACUUACAUUGAUCAAUCAAUUUGAAAGUGAAUAUCGAUCGGAAGACGCAAUUUAUUGGUAUGCAAAAGAAUCGUUUAUUUAUAAAUUAAUUAAUAAAGCAUUGAGAAGUCAAGACAUUGAUAUUUUAUAUACAUUACGAUACUUUAUUAGUGAUCUUUCGGAGUAUCUUCGACGUGAGCAUAAGAAAAUGUUAUUAUCCAAUGAAGAAUUUCUCACUGUUUAUCGAGAAGGAGAACUUGAUAUAGAAGAAUUUAAUAGACUAAAAGAAAAUCAAGGAAAACUCAUUUCAACUAAUGGAUAUUUAUUAACAAGUCGUCGUCGAUCACAAGCACACGUUAUUGCAAUGAAGUCAGCUAAGCGAAAUGAUGUAGUUUCUGUUCUUUUUCAAAUUGAAGUUUACAUUAAACAAAUUGGAAAUAGUGUUAUGUUUUCUGAUAAUUCUCAAUUUACUGAAUAUCCAAAUGACAAAGAAGUUUUAUUUGAUUUAAAUGCUUGUUUUAAAAUAGAAUCUAUUGAACAGGAUGGAUCAUUUGAAUUAAUUAGAAUGAAAUUAUCUAAUGCAGGAGAAAUGGUAACAAAAGACUAUAUUGAACUAACACUAAGAGAAACAGAAGAAAAAAGUGUUUCGAUUGUAUUUGGAAGAUUAAUGUGUAAUUUAGGUCAAUAUGAUAAAUCGCAAAAAUAUUUUGAACAAUUAUUGAAUGAUCCAAAUGGUGAAGAUCUUGCUUGGAUUGAAUUUAAUAUUGGUAGAGUCCUAUGUUUUAAAGGUGAAUGGAAAGAAGCAGGAGAACAUUUCGAUUGUGCAUACGAUCGAAUGAUGACAAAUAAACCGGUACGAGUCAAAGACUCGGCUCGUGUUCUCGACAAAAUUGGUCUUAUUCUUGAGAAACAAGGAAAGUAUGAUGAAGCUCUCGACUAUUAUAAGCAAGCACUAGAUAUAAAGGAAAAAUGUUAUCUACCUGGCUCUGUCAGCAUCGCAACAAGUUUCAAUAAUAUAGGCAACAUCCUUUCUUUACAAAAAAAGUAUAAUGAAGCUCUUGAUUUUUAUAAGAGAGCGCUGAAUAUUGAGGAGAAAUGCUUUCCAUCUGGUCAUGGCAACAUUGCUGUAAAUCAAAACAAAAUUGGUAUUAUUCUACGAGGACAAGGAAAGCACGAUGAAGCUCUUAAAUAUUAUCAACGAGCACUUGAAAUGCAAGAGGAACAUUAUCCGUCAGGUCAUGCAGACAUUGCUCAUAUCCUUAACAAUAUUGGUCAGAUUCUGUUCGAUCAAGCAAAAUAUGAUGAAGCUCUCAAUUACUAUCAACGAGCACUAAAAAUGCGAGAGAAAUAUUACCCAUCUGGUCAUAUCGCUAUUGUUCAAAGUCUAAACAGUAUUGGGGAUCUUCUUUUCGAACAUGAAAAGUACGAUGAAGCUCUCGAUUACUAUCAACGAUUGUUGAAACUUCAAGAGGAUUACUAUUCAUCUGAUGAGUUGGACAUUGCGCAAAGUUUCAACAAAAUCGGUAAGAUCUUCUAUCACCAACAAAGAUAUGAUAAAGCUCUGCAUUACCAUCAAUGUGCAUUGAAAAUACAGGAAAAACAUUAUUCAUCGGGCCAUGUAGAUAUUGCUGCAAGUCUCAGCGACAUUGCUGCUAUUUCCUCUCAUCAGAAAAAAUAUGAUGAAGCCCUUGAUUACUAUCAGCAAGCGCUGAACAUGCUAGAGAAAUGUUAUCCAUCUGGUCAUGUUGAUACUGCUCAGAGUCUCUACAACAUAGGAAAUAUUCUCAAACAGCAAGGAAAGUAUAAUGAAGCUCUCGACCAUUAUCGACAAGCACUAAAACUUCAAGAGAAAUAUCAUCCUUCUGGUCAUGCAGAGAUUGCUACAAGUCUCAACAGCAUUGGUUUUAUUCUUGAAAAACAAGAAAAAUGCGAUGAAGCUCUUUAUUACUAUCAUCAAUCACUGAAAAUACAAGAGGAAUGUUAUCCGUUUGGUCACGUGUAUGUCGCUCGAAACCUUAACAGUAUUGGUGCUAUUCUUUACCAUCAAGGAAAGUAUGAUGAUGCUCUCGACUAUUAUCAACGAUCAUUGAAAAUGCAAGAGGAAUAUUAUCGAUCUGGUCAUAUCGACAUCGCACAAAGUCUCUACAAUAUUGGCACUAUUUUCUGUGAUCAGAAAAAGUAUCAUGAAGCUCUUGACUAUUUUCAACGAGCACUAAAAAUGAGACAGAAAUAUUGUCCAUCCGAUCAUGUAAAUAUAGGUCAAUGUUUGAAUACUAUUGGAGUUUGUUAUGAAAGACAAAACAAGACAAAAAUGGCUCUGGAUUACUAUCAUCAAGCAAUAAUUAUUUUCGUGAAAUUCCUUCAUGCAGACGAUCCAAUUCGUAUUAGGGUCGAGGAGAGAAUUCAUCGACUUACUAAAAAGAAAUGA